UCCAGCUUUAUUUUGCUUUGUUUUGCAGUGGCAGCAAUAAGUAUAUUCAUAUAUCCACCCCCCUUUCCAUCAUUGAGCCUCGGCGUUCGAUUUUAGACCGCGAUCACACAAUGACGCCGACACUUCAAGACAAAAUGAAGAGGCCAGAGGAGGAAGAGGAGGAUGAGGAGGAUCAGGAGGCUGCCGGGAGCGGAACCGUCGGAGAGGACGACGACCGGCAGCGAGGAAAUCAAUCGGACACAUCCUAUAAUGAGACUCUGCUCCUUGCUGAUCCAUGGAAACCAUGCCGACGGUCCCGUGCAGCGGUCAAAGGCUGGCUGCUGAAGCUGCGGGGCUGUCUGGAAGCUGGCUGUGGGAUGGAGUGGUACGGCUACGCCGCGCUGGGCGUGUCCAUGGCCGUCCUCAGCUUCCUGAUGGACCUCAGCGUGGCGAAGCUGCUGCGAGCGCACCAGUGGCUGUACACCAAGCUGCGGGGCAACAGUCUGCUGCAGUUCUUCUGCUGGACUCUUUACCCAGCAUGCCUCUGUGCCGUCGGAUCGUCGUUCUCCCACAACAUCUGUCCCUACUCCACAGGCUCGGGGAUCCCAGAGGUGAGAACCAUGCUGGCCGGCAUUGAGAUGCCUCAUUACUUGUCUCUCACUAACAUGUUUUCCAAGUUCCUGGGCCUUAUCUGCACACUGGCAGCCGGCAGCACUAUUUUCCUGGGCAAAGUGGGUCCGUUUGUGCAUCUCUCCACCAUGGUCGGAGCCUACCUGAGCAACAUGUGCACUCUCAUGCAAGCCGAUAAGAAGGAAAAAGCUGCUGGAGAAAUGCACGUUGUCGCCUCUGCAGUCGGAGUCGCCAGCUGCUUCGGAGCGCCCUUCAGUGGAGUGUUGUUCAGCGUGGAAGUGAUGAGUUCUCACUUUGCCCUGGAGCACUACUGCCCGUGUUUCUUCUCCGCCGCCUGCGGGGCGCUGACGUUCCGCCUGCUGCCCGUGUGGAGUGGAGAUGGAGAGACUCCUCAGGCGUUGUUCAAAACUAAUUUCCCUCCUGCCUUACCUUUCUACCCACUGGAGCUUCUUCUGUUUGCCUUCCUGGGGCUGCUGUGUGGAGCCGCGAGCCGCUGCUUCCUCCUCUUCCACCGGCGCACGCUGCAAUUCACCAAAACCAACGGCGUCGUCCUCAAAAUGCUGACGACGGAGAAGGCGCUCUACUCCGGCGCGGUGGCCCUCUUCCUGGCAGCGCUGACAUUUCCUCCCUCUGCUGGUCAAUAUAUGGCUUCCACGCUCGGCACGAAGCAGCUCCUGACCUCCUUGCUGGAUGGCAGGCGGUGGAGCUCUUCCCACAAUGCAUCUGUCCAACCGGGGGCCGAGUCUUUAUUGGACUGGGGCUCGUCCGGGAGCCCGCUCCUUUCUCUGGCUGUCUUUCUGCUCAUGAAGAUGUGGAUGCUGGUCGUCGCCUGCACUCUGCCUCUGCCAGCUGGAUACUUCAUGCCAGUGUUUGUCUACGGGGCAGCUUUGGGCCGUUUGCUUGGAGAAGGGGCAGCUUACGUGUCCUCAGGCCAGCAGUGGGCUUCUAUCAAUCCGGGGGGCUACGCACUUGCUGGUGCGGCCGCCUUCUCCGGGGCUGUGACACACAACUUGUCCCCGGCCCUGAUGGCUUUAGAGCUAACCGGUCAGUUCAGCCACGCUCUGCCCAUCCUCCUCGCCACUCUGCUGGCCAAUGCCCUGGCUCGCUCUGGGCACCGCCCCUCUUUCUAUGACGCUCUCUCCAUCAGCAAGAGGCUCCCACACCUGCCCUCUUUGGUGAAGGCGUGCCCUCGGCUUCCCUCCACGCCCGUCGGACAGGUUUUGGGAGCGAACCCGGUGCAGCUCCAGAAAGCAGCCGGGCCGGCGGAGGUCCAGCUGGCUGUCAACACCAGCACUCACACACACAUCCCUGUGGUGGACUCACACGAGUCGCAGCUUCUACUGGGCUUUGUUCUCCGGUCGGAGCUGCUGAUGUUCCUGCGUCACUGCAGGACGGAGACUCUGGAGAAACAUCUGGAUGAAGUCUGCCGCAUCUACCCGACCACUGUCCUGAUAUCGCCUCACACCACCAUUCAGGAGGCCCACAGGGUCCUGAGUCUGGUCGGAGGUCAGAGCGUGUGUGUCGCAGACAGGGGACGGCUGGUCGGGAUCAUCACAUGGCCGGAGAUGAAGAGAAUAUUAGAAGACUUGGCAAAAGAAAUCGAAGCAGCGACACACAGGAAAUAAUCUCAUCCCUUGACCUUUUUCUUCUUUCUUUUCUAAGCAUCCAUCUCUUUCUUGAUUAGCAGUGGCUCAAGUGGCUCUGGUAAUGACGUCACGUCUUCAUCGCCCACGGCUAAUAAUAAUGUUAGCAUACAAAUAAAAACUGUCAUCAGCUGGAGGCUCCUUAACAUGUAUUGUAAGGUUACUGUCAUAUCUUUUUAUUGUCAUUGCAAAUUUCCCCGCUGGGGGAACUAUUAAAUGAUUAUAGUUUUAUCUUCUGUGUGUCUACCCAGAAUAAUAUAUGGAAAACAAAAGCCUAUAAAA